AUGAGUCUUCCAGGUCCAGAAGCACAAGCCGCCACAUACAGCUGGGAACUGAACCAGAAGAGGGCCGUCUCCUUGCUGUUGGCCGGCUCCGUUUCUGGCUUGUUAGGCUUUCUGUUCGCCGGAAUACUGGGCAUACACAACUAUUAUAGUGGAGGCUUUCAACAGCUUUGGGCUCACAACAAGACAUUCACGUUGGAAAACAACUUCAUGGGGGAACCCUUUCCAUCUGGCCACAACUACUGCCCACAGACGGUGAGUGAGCUGGUGCAUGACCACCAAAGCGCGGAGGGCAAGCUGUUCUUCGGGUUCGGGCUCCUUGCAGCAAUCUGCAUUCUGGCCUCCUGGUACCCAGCACACCUCCGAAAUGUGUACGUGGGCGAUAAGGUGGCCGUUUGUGGUUGCUGCGGGCCCACGUGGCAGAACAUGCGACAGUUCUGCCCGUCCAUUGGCCUUUUCCUUGUGACGUGCAUCCCUACGGUGCCACCAGCGAAUCGCCACUUCGGUGAGCACUUCACCGUUUUGUUGCACACAGCUGGGGCCAUCAUGAUGGUUGGCGGAUACGGGCUUUGCGAGAUAGUCACGCUCAGACACGCAUGUGCGCGUCGCAAGGAUUCGCCCAGGGGACCCAUUUUGAAGCCUGGGGAAUGGCGUGUUCGAGCCGCUCUGAUUGGACUGUCUCUUUGCUCUGGGGUUGCCUUCCAAGUCUGCGGAUUUCUAUCGCCAAAGUCCGUUGACUCGUUGGGAACAGAUUCAUGUGCGGACGUGUGGGUGGUUCCCAGCAAGAUUGACUUCGAGUACGUGUUGCAAAAGCCAGGCGGCGAUCACCUGGCCCUGGCUGUGCACAUUUCGCAGGCCAUUGCAGACAAGGAGAAGUUGCUGCUGGACACAGCACAUGGCCCGUGUCUUCUCCUGAAGACUUUAGAAUACUGGUUCGAGGUAUCUGCAGGCUUGUUUAUGGUCGGGAGCCAUCUAGCUAUUUGGUGGUAUUGCCCGGAACGUCGGCUGGAACUACCCGAGCAGCUUCCUGAACUAGCCAAACGGGAGCCCAGUUUUGUGCGUUGUGCGCCAGGGCACAGGAUCUGGAUUAAGGGUGUAGGCGGCGCAGGACAAGCUUUCAGGCUUGACUAUUGUGUGAUUUUGACGUUUGGCCUCACGUAG